AUGGUGUCUUCAGAACACCGACAUAGACCCACUCUUAAACAGACUAACAAAGGCUUCAAAUCGAAACACUCUUCGAAAGGAGCUCUGAAGACCGCUGCAAAGGGGAAAGUUGGCGGAUCAUCUCAUUCUGACAAAAAUACCAAGAAACUAGCUUCUAGCUCGAAGAAAGCUAGAUUGAAUGCCAACGCUCAGAAGAGAGAUUUGAAAAGGAAGACUGUGGUAGAGGAUCAGAAAUUCUUCUCAACAAGUAGUGGAGGAGGUCAAGUCCCCCGGAUCGUUUCUGUCGUACCGCUCUUACCUUCGAUAUCACCUCGACGUUUCCUUGCCAAUUUGUUACCAUCCUUUGGUCUUCCCGAAUCCGAGCUCGAAGAGAUAUCCUCGACUCUGACAGAUAGCGGGACCUAUCUGAUCCGCGCGCCACGUUUCAAGACUUCCCUUCAGAUCAACCUCUUGCCGCCCCUUUCUCUUUACCCAACUCUCGAUGCUGCACUAAUCAGCGAUUACGUUGUAUUGCUUUUGAGCAGUGUGGAUGAAGUCCAGCUUGAAGGUGAAGCUAUACUGAGGUGUCUGCAGGGUCAAGCGGGUGGUGUGGAAGUUAUUGCUUGUGUGCAGGCCCCUGUUGCCAACCCCAUAAAACCGGAUACUAAACAACUGAUUCAUAAAUCCCUUCUCUCAUUCACCAAAUACUUCUUCCCCUCUGUACCCAAAAUUUAUUCUUCCGAUACACCGAACGAGGCCGCUCUUCUCGCUCGAGCUUUCUGUGAGGCGGCGCCUGGAGGUACCAAGAGUGAAGAGGGUCGAGCGUUUAUUAUAGCUGAAGGUGCUAAUGCUAUAAGGUGGACCGGCAGUGGUGUGCAAGGUGACGAUGGUGUAGAGAAGGGACGAUUGGAAGUUAUCGGGACGGUUAGAGGAGGAGGUGCAUUGAGUGCAGACAGAUUGGUACAUCUUCCUGGACGAGGGGAUUUCCAAAUCGAAGCAAUCCUUCCUGCUCCACCAUCAUCUCUAUCUCACCGACCUCACCAGCAAUCUUCAAUGUCUGUGGACGCCCCCUCGGAUCCCCUUUCAACGCCCACUGAGAACGCAGACGAUCUGACUGCUGUCAACAACCCUGACUUGAUGGCGAAUGAACAGACGUGGCCUACGGAAGAAGAAAUGGCUGGAUCGGAAGCACCCGCUGCUGGAAGCUCCACAGGCGAGAAAAAGCGUACGAAGCGAGUACCCAAAGGAACCAGUGCUUAUCAGGCUGCGUGGAUAUUCGAUGAUGAGGAUGAUGAAGACGAGGACGAUGAAGAUGGGGAUGAAGAUGGGGAUAUGGAUGUCUCGGGAGAUGAGUCUGGAGGUGUCGCCGAAGGAUACGGACGCAAUGUGUAUGAUGAUGAUGAGGAAGAGGAGACUGAGGAGAUCGAGCUUGAUGAGAGGAAAGAAGAAGCUCACAGGGAUCUGGAUCCCGAGAGAGAAGAGGAAGAGUAUGAGGCAUAUCUUCGUCAACGUGAGAAAGCUCAAGCGGAAGAUGCAAUGUUCCCCGAUGAAAUCGAUACACCACGACACAUACCCGCAAGGACCCGGUUCCAGAGGUAUAGGGGAUUGAAGAGUUUCAGGACGAGUCCGUGGGAUCCAUAUGAGAAUUUACCGAUAGAUUACGCGAAGAUCUUCCAGUUUGAGAAUUAUCUGGGUACAAAGAAGAGGAUCGAACAUGCUGGUAUUGAAGAGGGAGUCAAAGCUGGUACAAGAGUUAUUUUGAUCCUCAAGGACGUGCCUCAAAAUGUCAUCGAUGAGAGAGACGCCUCACUACCUUUCAUCGUACACGGCCUGCUGCAGCACGAACACAAACAAUCGGUAUUGCACUUUGUGGUCCAGCGAAAUACUGAAUACGAUGAGCCAGUCAAAGCGAAGGAACCCCUCAUUCUCUGUGUUGGACCUCGUCGAUAUGUCAUCCGACCAUUGUACUCCCAGCAUGUCCGUGGAGGCGGUAAAGGGGUGAACAACGUUCACAAAUCUGAGAAAUUCCUCAGGCCAGGUGCUGCAACCGUUGCUACUACAUUCGGACCAAUCUGUUUCGGUAAAACCGCGUGUUUAUUAUUAAAAGACGAAGUACCGAGUCUGGUCGCUAUGGGCUCUUUCCUCUCUCCUGAUCCAACUCGAAUCAUCUCCAAGCGGAUCAUCCUCACUGGACACCCUAUCAAGGUACACAAGAAGACCGCUACGAUACGAUACAUGUUCUUCAAUAGGGAGGAUAUCGAUUACUUCAAAUCUGUGGAGCUGCAUACGAAAUACGGUAAAAUCGGUCAUAUCAAGGAACCACUUGGUACACACGGUUAUUUCAAGGCUCAUUUCGAUGCGCCUAUACAGCAGAUGGAUACCGUUUGUAUGAGCCUUUACAAGAGACAGUAUCCUAAGUGGUCGGAACUUUUCAUUCCUCCGCCGGUCGCCCGAAUUUCUGAAAAGGUUGAAGAUGGGAUGGACAUAGAGUAG